AUGGAGACCAUGCAAAACUUAUUAAAUAUGAAAGUGUUUAUCAUUUUAUUACUUUGCUAUAAGACAAUAGCAAGUCAAGUAGUAAUUGAGAAAGAAUGCGAAGGCACAGUUGAUGAUUCGUUGUUUAUAUGUAAUCCUGUCCAGAAAGAUUCAACGCUACAGGUAUGUCAAGAAGAUGAGCAAGUUGUCAAGGAUAAUAAAAUUGUAGAAAAUGACGAGAAUAAAGUAGAUCAGAUUCAUACUCAAGAUGAAAUCGAAGAAAUUAAUUCAAAACAAAUUAUAUCCUGCAAAAGAACCAAAUCCAAAAUAAUAAGUUUCAUUUCUGAGAAGUUUAAAGCAUUCAGAAAUUACACAUCAUCGUUCUUCAAAAGACGCCCAAAUUCCUCUAAGGCAGAUGCUACAGUUGACAUUGAACAGCCAUUGCAAACUUGCGAAGCAAUUGAAUCUUUGGAAUCACAAGAAUAA